AUGCGCCUGGGUACCGUUGAAGGCGGCCACCACGCCUGGACCCGCAUGGGUCCUCAUUCUUCAAGAUCAAGGAAAGGCACGUUACGUUGCUACAUCGACGUAGUGAGCAAAGACAACGAAUCGGUGGCGGUGAAGCCACCCAAGGGCCAACCCAAAGAACGACCUCGUUGGUCACAACAACACGUAGCCGCACUGAAACUGUUCCACGACUCCGCCGAAAAGGCAAUGGACACUGCAAUGGACGGCGCGAUCAAGGAAUACGCAGCACAUUUCACACCAUUAAUUCCAGUUCAUCUCAUGCAUCAAAUCUCCUUCACCGACGUCACAGAUUGGUUGGCGGCCACCCAAACACCGAUGGAGGUUGACGGACACGGCCUCCUGACUGAGAAAGGGAUACAGUCUCUCAAGGACUGGAAGAGUCACAAAUCAAGUCGCGGCAAGAGGCGCAAGGGCACAGAAUCCCCCAAGGCCGUCAUAGCCAAGAGACAGAAGAAGACGACCAGCGGUCAGCCGCCGAACAAGGACGGCUCAAACGGAAAGGCGAAGAGCUUCUGUACGGAUGAAGACGACGAAGCUCACAUAGAUGCUUUACUCACUGGUCGUCUUGACCAAUCACACGACGAUUGGGCGUACACAGCCACCUUGUUAUCGCGCCACCUCAGCAGGGUCUCUGGUAUCCCGGUCCGGGUAGGGGAGGAAGAUGCGAAGACGGUAUACCAACAACUCAAGUUUAACGGGAAGCCCAUCAUUGAAAAUCCCCGAAUAAUCCAACUUGUGAACGACGCGGUGUCGACCAGGGGCUAUCAGCGACCGGCAUCGUUUUGGUCCCUCGAGGACAUAGAGAAGAUGGAAGACAGUUGCCCGGUCCAGUAG